GGGUAAGUCGUCACUCUUCCCUACUGAUCCUCACCCUCAGAUUUGCAGCUUCUCUAUCCGAAUAAAACCCUAUUGUGCAAGUGGGUAUUUUGAAAUGGUUGCAAAUCAAUUGGAAAAGGUUAAGCUUCUUGAGCUCUCAAUGUUUAGAUUUUUUUUAUUUGUUAGUGGGAAUCCUGGAUUUACUUCUUGUUGUUAGGAUGCGAAGAUAAUGGGGAUCCGAAAGGGGCCCCUAGAUAUUAAAAAUGAAUUCUUUAGCUCUGUUUUGUAGGAGGUUAGUCGGUAAGUCGCCUUAUACUUUCCUCAUUUCGAGAAAAUUAUGUGAACGUAGUUUGGAUGGGGAUGGAAGCUACAAUGGGUUUAGUUAUGUGGUGGAACCCUUGAAGGAAAUAACAUUAGAUUCUAGUUUUUAUUGUAAUUCUGAUGAAAGUGAAAAUGGUGGUGUGUAUGAGUGUGAAAGCCCUGUCAAGAGCCAGUUCUCGUUGAGGCAAAGCUUUUUUUCGAGAACAGGUGAUGAUGCUAGACAGGUUCUUGACAUUUUAGAUCAAGAUGGGCCUGGGUUUGAUGCAAAAUCUUCUCUGAAUAUGUUGCAGUUAAGAGUUUCAGGGCUUCUUGUGAGGAAAGUAUUGAAAGGAAUUUUGGGCAACAUAAAUUAUGCAAACAAGACCAGGUGUGCGAAACUAGGGUAUAAGUUCUUUGUGUGGUCUGGUCAACAGGAGAAUUAUAGGCACACAACAAACUCGUACCAGUUGAUGAUGAAAAUCUUUGCCGAGUGUGAAGAAUAUAAGGCAAUGUGGAGACUUGUAGAUGAGAUGACUGAGAAUGGGUUUCCAAUUACUGCACAGAUGUUUAUUGUAUUGAUAUGCACUUGUGGUGAGGCGGGUUUGGCUAGAAAAGUAGUGGAGAGAUUCAUCAAGUCAAAGACUUUUAGCUAUAGACCAUUUAGACAUUCUUACAAUGCUAUUCUACAUUCACUUCUAACCAUUGACCAAUACAAGUUGAUUGAGUGGGUGUAUGAGCAAAUGUUAGCAGAGGGUUAUUCUCCUGAUAUUCUAACUUACAAUGUUGUUAUGUGUGCAAAGUAUAGGCUGGGAAAGUUAGAUCACUUCUACAGAUUGCUCGAUGAAAUGGGUAGGAAUGGAUUCUCCCCUGAUUUUCAUACAUUUAACAUCCUUCUCCAUGUUCUUGGCAAAGGGGACAAACCUCUGGCAGCAGUUAAUCUUUUGAAUCACAUGAAGGAAGUUGGUAUUAAUCCAAGUGUUCUUCAUUUCACAACAUUGAUAGAUGGCCUAAGUCGAGCUGGAAAUUUGGAUGCUUGUCGGUAUUUUUUUGAUGAAAUGGUAAGGAAUGGGUGCAUACCAGAUGUGGUUUGUUAUACUGUAAUCAUCACAGGACAUGUGGUGGCAGGGGAGCUUGAGAAAGCUGAAGCAAUAUUUGAUGAAAUGAUCACCAAGGGAUGGCUGCCAAAUGUAUUUACUUAUCACUCCAUGAUUCGUGGUUAUUGUAUGGCAGGGAAGUUUGAGGAGGCUUGCUCCAUUCUCAAGGAAAUGGAAUCUAGGGGAUGUAAUCCAAAUUUUGUUGUGUACAGUACCCUUGUGCGUAAUUUACGAAAUGCUGGAAGGCUUGCUGAUGCUCAUGAAGUAAUACGACACAUGGUGGAUAGGGGACAAUAUGCACAUCUAGUCUCAAAAAUCAAGGGGUAUAAAAGGUGCUAAAUUAGAAAGUAUCUAAUAUGAGGCUGCUACAUUUGCUGCCUCAAUGGCUCAAUAUACUUGCUGGUCAGCUUUGUCAGCAUCAUGCACUUGCUGCCUGUUAAUAAACAUCAUGGGCGAUAAAAGGGUUUUGUCUUUGAUCAAUCACUAGGCGAGACUCAAGCAGUAAAGAAAUUAAUUUGAAGCCUUUGC